UGAUGAGGAAAGGUUGACAGCAAGAGAUUGUAAAUCAAAAGAAACAAAGAUUACAAAGGUAUAGAUGCACUGAGGUCAACAAACCUACUAUAGAUCAACACUGGUGUGACUGAGAGCAAAUUCCAGCCCAUUAUUCCUGAGUGUACAACUUUGCUAUAGACCAACAGCAGCAUAAUCAGGAAUUAAGGCAAUACAAGCUGCUGACAGUCUCACAGAUGUUUCCCACAAAGAUUACUUCAAAACUGGGAUUGGAUUUGGAGGUUCAAAGCAGGGUGCUAAUUCUAACAGUAUGUGCUGCUGGGAUCGGAGGGACUUUCCAGUAUGGCUAUAACAUCACCAUCAUCAAUGCUCCGACUACACACAUUCAGACGUUUAUGAAUGAAACAUGGUUGGAACGCACAGGUGCACCCCUCGAGAACAACAUGAUACUGCUUUUGUGGUCUUUUAUUGUCUCUGUGUACCCUUUGGGGGGGCUCACUGGAGCUCUUGUUGCAGGACCGAUGGCAAUCAAGCUGGGAAGGAAGACAUCCUUGUUGGUGAACAAUGUUUUCGUGAUUAUAGCUGCAAUCUUGUCAGGAUUCAGUCGAAUGGCAAAAUCCUUUGAAAUGAUCAUGCUCAGCAGAUUUUUUACUGGAAUCAAUGCAGGUGUGAGCAUGAACAUUCAGCCCAUGUACCUGGGGGAAAGUGCGCCCAAGAAGCUCAGAGGAGCAGUGGCAUUGACAUCUGCAUCAUUUACAGCCUUGGGGUUGGUGCUGGGACAGGUUUUUGGAAUUAGCGAACUAUUAGGAGGAGAGGAGAGCUGGCCUCUUCUUUUAGCUAGCAAUGUGGUGCCUGCUCUGAUCCAGAUGGUAACUCUGCCCUGGCUCCCUGAAAGCCCAAGGUACCUCUUGAUUGACCGAGGGGACAAGGAAUCCUGCAUCUCUGCAUUGCGGAAGCUGAGAGGCAGUGCUGACCUGAGUAGUGAGAUAGAAGAGAUACUAGCAGAACAGGCUGCCAUCGAAGGUCAGAGGGCAAAGAAGCCAUGGGAGCUGUUCCAGAAUCCAGCUGUCAGGUGGCAGCUGAUCAGUAUCAUUGUGCUGAGCAGUGCCAUGCAGCUCUGUGGGAAUGACUCGAUGUAUUUUUAUGCUGGCUAUGUGUUCCGGGAGGCUGGAAUUCCAUAUGACAAAAUCCAGUAUGUCAUCAUUGGCACUGGGUGCUGCGAACUCAUCACAGCUGUUACUUGUAAUAUAGUUAUUGAGCAUGCUGGCCGGAAGUUGCUGAUCCUGGGAGGAUAUAGCUUCAUGGCAGUCUGGGCCAUCGUUUUUAUGGUUGCUUUAUCCCAGCAGAGUCAGAUUAGCUGGAUGCCCUACCUCAGCAUGACCUGUAUUUUCGCCUAUAUCCUGAGCUUUGGAAUUGGGCCAGCUGGUGUGACAGGAAUUUUGCCGACCGAGAUCUUUGAUCAAAUGUCUCGCCCAGCUGCUUACAUGAUCUGUGGCUCUCUACUCUGGUUCAAUCUCUUCAUGAUUGGAAUGGCCUUUCCAUUCAUUGUGGAAGGCCUUGGACAUUUCUGCUACCUUCCAUUCUUCGUGGUUUGUGUCUGCACUGCUCUCUAUGUUGGCUUUUUCCUUCCUGAGACAAAAGGGAAAUCCUUCCUGGAAAUCUCAGAGGAAUUCAACAAGCGUAACUUUAAAACUCAGACUCACGAGAAUCUUUGGAAAGGGCCCGAGGAAAUCAAAUCCACCAUGUUAUAGCUUGGGAGACGCAGAUGAGGCUGAUGCCUGGAAGAUAUGCUGAGAGGUUACCUUUUUCUGGUGGGGUAGACACAGAAAAUAUGGGGUCAGGCAGAACACACUCUUCUUGGGUCUAUAGUAGAAAGCUUUUAUAGGAAAGCAGAAGUUCAGUUGAUGUUUCUUGCUUACUUUAUUUGUAAACUCAGACUGAAACACAGCUUGCUCUCCCCUUCUCUUAGAAUACAAGUAUUAAUUUGUGCUGCAGUGCCCCUUGCCAUCUCUUAGGAGCACCAACAGUGAUGUGCUGCUUUAACAAACUAUCUUGAAGACUUCUUGAAAAAUUACGGGUCAAACUAUUUGUUCAGUUACCAUUUCAGAAUAGUUUGCAAAGGGCUAAUACAUGAUUAAUAAGGAGUAAUAAGUAAGUUACAAGCAGUUAUAGCAGAUGUUAUCAUCACAGCUAUGGAAGGUAUUAGAGAUGGUUAAUAGUCACCUAUUGACUGAACAUUUAGUUAGCCAUGUAUUUAAAACGUUCAUUAUUCUUUAAUCCUUUACAAACUAUUUAUAAAUGGAACAUUAAUACACGGUGCAUCUACAUGUGCAAUGAAUGCACCUGAUUAAACUUAAGCGCAAUUUGAGCUGGAGUAAACUAAUUCUGACGUCACCUACACAUAGGUUUAAGUGCAGUAAUUUAUUCUGCUGUUGGAUAGUACUUCUGUCUGAUGGGACUAUCCAACAACACUAUAAAUUAAUCUACACCAGCCCAAUUGCCACAUGUGUAGAUGGUGAUGCUUUACUGCACAGUAAAUUAGUCUAUUGCGCAGUAAAGCGCAUGUGUAGACAUGUCCAGUAUGAUAUUUCUGACAAUCUUCCCCUCACCCUUCCCACCCUGUACUUCAAUUUCUUUCUCUUUUCUCCACAAAAAAAAAAUCACUUUUUAUAUUUAGACACAUGUAAAAUACAUUUUAGACAAGUUUUACUUUGGGGUAACAGAUGCCUUACAAGAACAAAUGUAACAGUAUUCAUUUUUCACUGUCUUGUUUUAUACAAUCAGGUUUUAGUUUCCCCUAAACCCACCUAGCUAACUGUGGUUCAGAUAAUCUCAACCAUUCAGAGAUGGAACAUAGGUGCUGCCCGUGACAGCUGAAGUUAUUAUUUUAGUCCUUUCUAAUCCUGCCCAUACCUGUUCAGCACUGGGAAAGUUAAACUUUUAGGAGAAGGGUUGAUUUUUAAUUGGAAUAUAUUUACCAGUUUCAUAAUAUUGAAAACAACUGAUGCUUAAGAGCAUGAGUUCAAUUUUAAAACGCAAAGCUAAGUUACUGUUUCAGAAAAUCAGCCCAUUUUUUAGGAGUCUAAAUAUGGAUUUCAGUACCCGAGUGUAGGCACUGAAGUCUGAGAACUUGAAGCGAAAAAUUCUAGAGCUCAGAAAGAGCCUUCAUUUAUAGAUCAUAUAAGUAGGCCUGGACAGUGGAUUUUUUCAAAAAUUAGUAAAUGAUAUUUUGAUAAAUACAAAAGCCCACUACUGAGUGCAUGUUUGACAGUGACUGUACAUUCAUGAGAAGUAUGUUGCAGGAUACUGUCACGUCUUGAGCUUCAGUUUAUCAAGGUGCAUGUACAUUGACUGCUGUGAUGGUGAUUAUCUGGGAUAAAAAAACUGACAUGUUGUAGUUGAUAAAUCUCAGUGGAAGUGUAAUGAUCGGUAUGUAUUUUUCAAAUCUAAAUGAUGUAGAGGUAUUUGGAAAACAUAACUGAAAGUAUUACAAACUGAUUAUUUAUUUUCUUCACCUCUGAAUACCACCAGGUGCACUGGUUUAGCAUCCAGAUGUAUUUAUCCUGUCUUUGUCCUUCCUUCACCCAAACAACAACUACCUCAUCAUAAUCCCCUCAAUUCUUUGCCUCUACACAUAGCCCUCAAAUAAGCUUGGCAUUAAUAUGAUUAAGUUUUGUUUUCAGAAACCGGAUGAAAUUCCCUGUAACUCCUCUUGGUGCUCUUGUUUUUCAGGGUAGUAAGUUAUCACUCAUCCUAAUUGUUGAGCAACAGUGGGCAGUUAAUCAUUUUCAACUAUAAAAACACGUGACAGAUUAGGAAGAAAAGCUCCUCCUGGUGCUCGUUAAGAAGUGACUCAUACCACCAAUACUUGGGCAUUGCUUUUACAAUUAUUUAUUUUGAGGUGGUUUGUCUUCCUGGCUUGUUUGUAAUGUUUUAUGUGCAUCUUACAGCUCACAUAGUUCUCUUGCACUGAUCCUGUACACACUCCUUAUGUCCCAUAGAGCUUUUUUUCUCCACUCCACCUGAUCUCUGCCAAGCUCAGAAUAGAGAGGUGAGGGCUGUCAGCUGGCCAGGCAUGGCUCAGUUGACCUAGUGCAAGAUAAAGUUGUUGGAGUAACAAAGAAAUUUCUGGAGAAUCAGGUGAAGUGGAAGCUUUGUUCCAUCCUUUUCAUUCUACUGUGCCUAUACCCUCUUCUCCCCCAUGCUGUGUGGAGUGGAAAUGCUAACAGAAGACCAGUAUCUGCUAGCUUCACCCCUAUAGAUUCUCCCAACCUACAUGUCAUUUUCCAGUGGCAAUGCCUGGCUCCUGGUAAACUUUGCGAAGUGAACUUAGUGCAGAAUCUUGCUCAGACAGAAACCCCUUCUACGGCACUGAACGUUGCUGGUACAGAAAUGUUUGCUGCAUAGUCUCUGGCAUGUUUUCGGUGUGCUUUUCUUCUCAGCAGUUCUUCCUAUCUUAGAAUCCUGUUUCAUAUUUGAAUCAUUACCUUCUUAGUGGCCAGAUAUAAAAUGCAUCAUUAUGUGAUACCUGUAAUCUUGGAACAUACAAGAGCCAGAAGCUACAUCUGCUCUCUCCAUACCCAUCAGGGUUGUCUCAUAUCUGUAAUUGUGAAGAAAGGAAUAUGCCCUUCACCUAAAGCAAGCCCUCUCUCUCCUGAAUGUUUUAAGAUGUUUAUCAUCGUGGUACAAACUAGAUUAUAUGGUUGAUGAUCAAGAAAUAAUACACUUGCAAUUGCUACAUGGGAGACUUAAGUUAGAUAUUAGGAAGAACUUUCUGACUCAUGGGGGUUACCCACUGGAGCAGAUGAGGCAAAGAGGCUGUAGAAUCUCGGUCAUUGGACGUUUUAAAGUGUCAGUUAGACAAAUGCUUGUCUGGGUUGGUUUAGACAGGGAUGAUCCUGCCCCAAGCUGGGGAUUUGACUAGAUCACCUCCUGAUGUGCCUUACAGACCCAUUUUUCUGUCAUAAUUCCAUGAAAAUAACCAUAUUUUCCUAACACAGCGUGGAAUAAAAAAACAAAGUAAAAUGUCCCUGAAAGCAGGUGUCACCAGCCAGAUGUCAAAACAGUACAUGCUCUGUUGGUGGAUAAAAGUGAAUGAAGUGUUCCUUCGGGAAGCAGGAUGUGCCCAACUAUUGGCAUGCUCCUAGGUAGCUCCAUCAUCCGUACUAUCCAAGGCUCCACAUAUUCUAGCAAGCAGCAGCUUCUCAUUGUUAUAUGCCUGUCAAAGUGCUUGGGCAUGCCUUAGGGAGUAACUCUACAUUUCCCUCCAGUUUCUGUUCAUAGUUCACAAGCCAUUAUCGUUCCUGUGGUUCUUUUUUACUUUGCUUGUAUCCUACAUUACUGCUGCUAGCAACAAAAAAAUUAUUGUAAAGAGAGCAAUGUGUGGCCAAACAGAUACUUUUAUAAUUGUAGCUUUUUAAAGAAAUGCAUUAUUAUUCUUGAAUGAAAUUAAGGUGAAUGUAAAAUUCUGAAAAUGUGUUAUCAUGCUGGGCAUGAGUAAAAAGUCAGUUGUGCUUUGCCAAAGAAGGAGGAGGCUGCAUGAAAAUUAUUCUAUUUUUCAGUAUCUAUCAUACACAAUGUAGAAAAAAAAUAAAUAUGAAGUUUAUU